CGCCUCCGCCGGCAGCUUCUGACAGAGUCUUUCCAGCCGGCGGGAGCGCCGGUGGCGGGGCCCGGCCCAGCCCCAGCAUGGCUUUCCCCGGGGCGCUAGCCGAGAUGCCCAGACAGUUUCCAAAGCUGAACAUCUCUGAGGUUGAUGAGCAGGUGCGACUUCUAGCAGAGAAGGUGUUUGCUAAAGUUCUCCGAGAAGAAGACAGCAAAGAUGCCUUGUCACUAUUCACCGUGCCUGAAGACUGCCCUAUUGGGCAGAAAGAGGCCAAGGAAAGGGAACUGCAGAAGGAACUGGCAGAACAACAGUCUGUGGAAACAGCUAAAAGGAAGAAAAGUUUCAAGAUGAUUCGAUCCCAGUCUUUGUCAUUACAAAUUCCAUCUCAGGAGUGGAAAGCACCAUCGGCCAAUCCUGUUCUGUCUCCUGCAACGCCAGUUCUUCCAAGUGCUUUUCUGCCAGUCCAAGUGCCAUAUGAUGUACCAGAGUUUCAGAGAGUUUCAAUUAGUGGGGACUACUGUGCAGGGGUUACAGUUGAUGAUUAUGAACAAGCUGCCAAGAGCCUGGUGAAAGCUCUUCUCAUUCGAGAAAAGUAUUCACGUCUUGCCUACCAUCGCUUCCCAAGAACAACAUCUCAGUAUUUGUGUAGCAUGCAAGAUGAAAAAUGGAAAGUUGAAGAUGAAGUGUAUCCAGAUUUCCAUUCACCACCAGAAGAAAAUGAAGAUCCUUACAAUCUUGAUGAUGCUCCAGACAAUUUGGAUUAUGUUAUCAAGAUAAAAGGUGGCAUUCCCUUUGUUUAUGAUAACAAAGAAAUGAUGGAACUAAAUGAGCCUCGGAGUCUGCCAUAUCCUGACCUGGAGACCUAUACCCUUGACCUGAGCCACGUUCUUGCUCUAAUUGCAGAUGGUCCAACAAAAACAUAUUGUCAUCGGAGGCUUAACUUUUUAGAAUCUAAAUUUAGUUUACAUGAGAUGUUAAAUGAAAUGUCGGAAUUUAAAGAACUAAAGAGUAAUCCCCAUCGAGACUUUUAUAAUGUGAGAAAGGUUGAUACUCAUAUCCAUGCUGCUGCUUGCAUGAACCAGAAACACUUACUGAGGUUUAUUAAGCACACGUAUCAAACAGAGCCCGACAGGAUUGUUGCAGAGAAAAAAGGCAAGAAGAUGACUUUAAAGCAAGUCUUUGAAAGCCUUCACAUGGACCCUUAUGACCUCACUGUAGACUCUUUAGAUGUCCAUGCAGGUCGUCAAACAUUUCAUCGAUUCGACAAAUUCAAUUCCAAGUACAAUCCAGUUGGUGCCAGUGAGCUGAGGGACUUGUAUUUGAAAACUGAGAACUACAUUGGUGGUGAAUAUUUUGCUCGUAUGGUCAAGGAAGUAGCCCGUGAACUAGAAGAAAGUAAGUACCAGUACACAGAACCCCGCUUAUCCAUUUAUGGACGGUCUCCAGAUGAAUGGCUGAACUUGGCAAAAUGGUUCAUUAAGCAUAAAGUUUAUUCCCCUAAUAUGCGCUGGAUAAUUCAGGUUCCCAGAAUCUAUGACAUAUUUAGGUCAAAAAAUAUUCUGCCUAGUUUUGGGAAGAUGUUGGAGAACAUCUUUGUGCCUUUGUUUGAAGCAACAAUCAAUCCCAAAGACCACAAAGAAUUGCACCUUUUCCUCAAAUAUGUGACUGGCUUUGACAGUGUUGAUGAUGAAUCCAAACAUAGUGGCCAUAUGUUCUCUGACAAGAGCCUUAACCCUGACCUCUGGACCAGUGAGAAGAAUCCCCCGUAUAGCUAUUAUUUGUAUUAUAUGUAUGUGAACAUCAUGUUGCUAAACAACCUUAGGAAGGAAAGAGGCAUGUGUACUUUUCUGUUUCGCCCACACUGUGGAGAAGCUGGGUCUAUCACACACCUUGUAUCAGCCUUUCUGACAGCAGACAACAUUUCUCACGGAUUGCUCUUGAAGAAGAGUCCUGUCCUCCAGUAUCUUUAUUAUCUUGCACAAAUACCCAUUGCUAUGUCUCCACUUAGUAACAACAGCCUAUUCCUGGAGUACUCAAAAAAUCCACUACGGGAAUUUCUACAUAAGGGACUUCAUGUCUCUCUCUCCACAGAUGAUCCUAUGCAGUUUCAUUAUACAAAGGAAGCUCUCAUGGAAGAAUAUGCUAUUGCAGCCCAGGUGUGGAAACUAAGUACCUGUGACUUGUGUGAAAUAGCAAGAAACAGCGUACUACAGAGUGGAUUGUCAGAUAAGGAAAAACAGAAAUUCUUAGGGAUGAAUUACUGUAAAGAAGGGCCUGAGGGAAAUGACAUUCGAAAGACAAAUGUUGCACAGAUCCGGAUGGCCUUCAGGUACGAGACGCUGUGCAACGAACUUAGUUUCCUGUCUGAUGCUAUGAGAACAGAAGAGAUUUCUACUCUGUCCAAGUAGUUACAAACUCAAAGAAACCAGAACGUUUCACUCCUAAGCAGGAUAAGAUGCUAAUUAACAUUGAAUCAUCUGUCUUUGAUGCUACCAAGACAUAACUGAACAGUACAGAGAAAAACAGAGUAUCUAUGGAAGGUAAACAGCGUUUGCUGUUAUCUUUUACUGCAUUAUUCUCAUUGCAAAAAUUUCAGUUUCUACAAACAUUAGGCUUUGUAAGAUUGCUGUAAAUACUAAACACAAACUCAGAAUAAUAUUUGUUUCAUACUGUCUUAACUGUGCACUAUAGUGUAGCUUGGAAAACAACAGAGAAUAUUCAUAACGCAUCUGUGAUAUGCACCUUAGGAUUCUGCAGAUGCUGACAGUAUACAUGCACCUGGUUUUGUCCUGCUAGUCUCAGCAGCAAUCAUGGCAUUUAGCACUUGUAAGUUUAACCCUUUAUUCAUUAGGCGUUUGUAUGGGGUGCAUAAUUUUGAGGCUACCCUUUCAUUCUGGAAGGUGUUCUGACACAGUUUUUACCUUAACGUUUCAGCAGUUAUACUGGAAAUCAAGAAAAACCAAAAUCUGGUAGUCUUGUUUAAUGACUAAUUAAUGACUUCCUGUUGUCAGGUAGGAUGUCUGUGAUGAACAGCAGAUUAAUGCUUUUUAAUCUAUUAAGUAGAAAACAUGGUGUCAAAAUCAUCACUAUUGUACAUUGUAAUAAUGAGUCUAAUUAAUUAUGUCAUGAAAACUUUGCCUUGAAAGUUGAGAACACUUUUUUAUUGCUUUGUAAUGGGAAUAUGUGGAUAUGCCAGUUCAAAUUACUUGGAAAUUUAUGCAGAUAAUUUCGGUUGCAUGUAAAGAGAAAUUUUUUACUUGAACAAAGGAAGUGUUCUUAUGAAUCAGUGGUAGAAACUCCAGACCUGGGUUCUGGUCCUACUUCUGACAUCUUUUUACACAUUUGUGUUGGUUUGUAUUUUAGUCAAUUAGAAUUGAAUAAGUCAAACUGUCUAUUUAUACAGAAGCUAGCCCACUUGAAAUAUGUCAUUUCAAAUCAUGUCAUAUUAAACUUUUUAUUUAUGAUGGAGUGGCUAGUAAAAUACAGCUACUGGAAUAUUUAUCGCUUUCAAUCUUUUUUCUAUUUGAUCAUCCUUCUUAAGACACCGUACUACUCAUGCAGAAAGGAUUAAAGGUAAUAACAUGAUAGCAUCUAUGUAUUGUAGAAGCUGCAUGUAGUUUCACACCAAAAAAUACUUGAGGCUAGGGGCAGCAGAGGAUGUUGACGCCUGUAAGUCCAACAUUACACUACUUAAUUUGAAGGCCUAUUGUCCCUAAGCUAGGAUCUUGAGCCUAUGGUUGGAGACCUGGGUAUCUAAUAUAAUACAUAGGGAGGUUAGGCAUCUUAGAACAGUAAUUCAGAAUUAAUGCAUAAAAAGCAAAUAACGAAUACUAGCCGGUCAAGUCUCACUAGACCUAGAACCCUGCAUGUUUUACUACAUCAGAUGUCUUGUGCCACUUGUAUUUCUUAGGCCAGGCCCUUCUCCUGGGGCUUGGGCACCUACAUCCUUCCUUUCAAGAGCUGAUCAGGUCUCGCUUUCCCUUGUAAAUGCAGCCAGAAGUAGCAGUGGUGACAUCACCAGUACCAAACUACUCCUUAAUGACACAAAUGUAUAUAUGCACUGAAGACAUACACUCUCUCCUCAGGCUGUGGCAGUUCAAAGCAAUACCUACAAGGACACUUUUUUAAUGUACCUGCUGUCCUGAAUGGCGAUUGCAGGGAAAUGGCACCAAAGUAAGGGAAGGAGGAAUUCCCUAACACCUCCUAUAGCUGUGCAGCCCUUUAAGAGCCCCAUAAGAGAGAUUAAACCUAAAGACCCUUAGGAAGCAGCCUGGAAGUAAGGCUGCUCUGAGGGAGACUGAGGCACAGGAGCAGAGUUCUGGCUAUCCAGUCGCCAUUACAGUUAGCCAGUGUCAUGCGGAGGGAGCUGCAGUGA